GGGAUGUGAUGUAAAUACACAGCAACUUUUUUCCCUGUUCCCCUCUCUUUGGAGUGUGCAGAUCUUCUUCUUCCAACACACGCUGUUUAAGGAAAACUACAAGCAGAAGAUAUCCAAAAGAAGAGAAGUAAGGCAGACAGUAAACCAUCACGGAGAUUAAGUCACCGUUAGUUUUCUCCACCAUGAUCCUGUGAGCUCCUCCGUCUGUCUCAGCUAACUCCCGACCUGCCGGACUGGACUCCGAGAAAAGCGGAUCAAACCGGGGAGAAGCUCGCUGCUGUUCGCUGGCUGUUGGAUCCGGAGGGAAACCGCGGACAGAGAUGUAGCGUGUGUGUUGGUGUGAUCGGCGGACCAUCAUGCACCUCUUCUUGCUGCUGAUCCUUCAAGCCACAGCAGCUUUCGGACAGAUUGACCCCGCACACUGUCGCUAUGCCUUGGGCAUGGAGGAUGGACGGAUUAAAGAUGAUGACAUCACAGCAUCCAGCCAAUGGUACGAGACCACGGGACCACAGUACGCCAGGUUGAAUUGUGAGGAGGGAGACGGCGCCUGGUGUCCUGAGGGACAGCUGGAGCCUUCAGACAGCCAGUACCUGCAGGUGGAUCUGGGCAGGCUGACUUUCCUGACGGUGGUCGGGACUCAGGGACGAUAUGCCAGGAACUCUGGGAACGAGUUUGCUCGAGCUUACCGCCUCAAUUACAGCAGGGACGGCCUGCUGUGGAAGUCCUGGAAGAACCGACUGGGAAAUGCGGUGAUAGAGGGCAACAAAAAUGCCUACGCCUCUGUCAUCAACGAUCUUCACCCUCCGAUCGUCACCCGCUACAUCCGGCUGAUCCCGGUCACCAAAGUGUCGACCACCGUCUGCAUGAGAGUGGAGCUGUACGGCUGUCCGUGGGAGGACGGUCUGAUCUCCUACAGCGCUCCGGAGGGUCAGCUCAUGAUGCCGCCUGGUUACCCCAUCGCCAGCCUCAACGACUCCACGUAUGACGGAGUACAUGAGAGGAGGAGGCUGUUCGGCGGGAUGGGUCAGCUCACGGACGGUGUGAUCGGCCUGGACGACUUCCUGCUGACGCGUCAGCACAACGUGUGGCCGGGCUACGACUACCUGGGCUGGAGGAACGACUCGCUGGGAACUCAGGGUUACGUGGAGAUGGAGUUUGUCUUUGACAAGCAGAGGAACUUCACCUCUUUGAAGGUUCACAGUAACAACAUGUUCUCCCGCGGUGUGAAGAUCUUCUCCUCCGUCUCUUGUUGGUUUAAGCCCCGCCUCAUUGCCGGCUGGGAGGCGGAGCCUGUGACGUUCAACACGGUGCUGGAUGACAGGAACCCGAGCGCCCGCUACGUCACUGUGCCCCUGAAGCGCCGCGCCGCCAAAUCCCUCCGCUGCCGCUUUUACUUUGCUGAUGUCUGGAUGAUGUUCAGCGAGGUCUCCUUUCAGUCUGAGGACACCGUACUCCCGACCCAGAAGACCGUGGUCCGAGGAGAGCACCAUGAAAACCACACCAUGACAACCACACCUAAGACUGCAGCCAGUCCAUCAGCCAGUGACCCGCCAGAUGACGUUAACACGCCUAUUCUGAUUGGCUGCCUGGUGACCAUCAUCCUGCUGUUGGUCAUCAUCAUCUUCCUCAUCCUGUGGUGCCAGUACGUCUGUAAGGUGCUGGAGAAGGCUCCACGUAGGAUCCUUGAUGAGGAGGUGACAGUUCGGCUAUCGUCCUGCAGUGACACCAUUAUCCUCCAGACCCCCCCUGUCCCUCCCCGCUCCGGCCACGCGCCUACAGGCCCCCCCAACACUGACCCUCACUAUGAGAGAGUUUUCCUGUUGGACCCACAGUACCAGAACCCGGCGGUGCUGAGAAACAAGCUGCCUGAGCUGUCACAGAGUGCAGAGGCGUCUGCAUGUGGAGGAGGCUACGCCGAGCCUGACGUCACCCAGUGCACUCCGCACCAGUGUUUCCAUAGCAACGCUCCGCACUAUGCUGAGACAGACAUCGUGCGGCUGCAGGGCGUCACCGGCAGCAACAUGUACGCCGUGCCCGCCCUCACCGUGGACUCACUCACCAGGAAGGACAUCUCCGCCGCUGAGUUUCCAAGGCAACAACUGAUCUUCAGGGAGAAGCUGGGGGAGGGGCAAUUUGGAGAGGUCCACCUGUGUGAGGCCGAGGGACUCCCAGAAUUCCUUGGAGAGGGGUCACCGCUCCCUGACAGAGAUGGUCGUUCUGUACUGGUGGCUGUUAAACAGCUAAGGGCCGAUGCUACCAGCCAAGCCAGGAACGACUUUCUGAAGGAAAUAAAGAUCAUGUCUCGUCUGAACGACCCCAACAUCAUCCGGCUGCUGUGUGUGUGUGUGUCGUCCGACCCGCUGUGCAUGGUGACGGAAUACAUGGAGAACGGAGACCUCAACAUGUUCCUGUCGCAGCGGGAGAUUGAGAGCACGCUGACCCACGCCAACAACAUCCCUUCAGUCAGUCUAUCCGACCUCCUCCACAUGUCGGUGCAGAUUUCGUCAGGGAUGAAGUACCUGGCGUCUCUGAACUUCGUGCACCGGGACCUGGCCACCAGGAACUGCCUGCUGGACCGCCGCCUCACCAUCAAGAUUGCUGACUUUGGGAUGAGCCGAAACCUGUACAGCAGCGACUACUACCGCAUCCAGGGCAGGGCGGUGCUGCCCAUACGAUGGAUGGCCUGGGAGAGCAUCCUGCUGGGUAAGUUCACCACGGCCAGCGAUGUGUGGGCGUUUGGCGUCACCCUGUGGGAGAUCUUCACUCUGUGUAAGGAGCAACCCUACAGCCUGCUGUCUGACGAACAGGUCAUAGAGAACACUGGCGAGUUCUUCAGGAACCAGGGCAGACAGAUCUUCCUCUACGGCCCUCCGCUCUGCCCACCUUCUCUCUUCGAGCUGAUGAUGCGUUGCUGGAGUCGCGACAUAUCCGACCGACCCACCUUCGAGGGACUCUACCAAGCCCUGAGGCCCCAUGUCAACCAGUGAGCUGAGGCUCACUGGGAUGUACCACUGAGGCUUUCUUAGGCGGCGGAUUUGUCCCUCUCUGGACUCCUGUAAGAUGACAGACUGACAAGAGAAGACAAGAAGACUGGAACUGCGUUACACGAGUAAGUCACUGUCGGAGGGAAUGAAGAAACUGGCAAAGCUGUGGUCAGAAGUUGUGGUAACAGCAGCACUCUGUUCUGAGAGAUGGAGACGGAAGAGGAAAAGGGUGGUCACCUCAGAGGAGAAACUGUCUGGGGUCCAAACCUUUCAGUUGUUAGUGAACAAAGAUUUCUAAGUUUUUCAAAUGUUUCUAUCAUUGCAGAUUUCAUCCAUCUCUUUAAAGUCCCUUUGCUGAAAACAUCUAAUCGGACCUUUCAAUAUAUUUUCUUUUCAUGUUGUUAUGGUGCCAAAGGUGCCGUAAACAUUAUUUUCUUCCUCCCUUUGGCUUUUAAUUAUGCCAAAAACUGGAUAGACUCUUCAGUCUUGGUAGUUUCUCUGGUUCAUGUGUUUUUUUGUAUUAUUGUUGUAAAGCACUGUCUGUGUCUCUCAGUUAUUCAUGUUCAUAUAUUAUCCCACACUGGAGCUAGGACUGGGGUGAAAUUGUAGUGUUUGUUUUAUUUUUAGAUUUUUAUUCUAUUUUAUUUUUCUUGUUUUACAGUAUUUCACUUUUGUUGGUCUUUUUUGUGGAUAUGAAUGUUGUUCAGCUGAGGUUCACAUCACUGUGCGAAGAGGCUGUGUUGAAACCUGUGUGGUUCACAGACUGAAAAUCAGUCAGUGGGUAACUAAUUGUGGGUAAUUAAGGAAAUAAUGGAGGGAACCAAAUAAGAAAAAAGCGUUGGUCCUUUUUUUGGCAAUUGCCAAAGAGAUAUAAAGAGUGUAAGUGAUAAAACAUUUAAAGUGCCUUACAUACGUAGCAUGAGUAAUGGAAAUUUAACAUGGGUAGGCUACUGCUAGCAGGAAGAGUAAUCAUCUAAGUAUCUAAUGCAAAUAUCUAAUGUCAAGGUAUCACUUUACCUGUGUUUGUGUUUGUGCUGGGGCCUAUAAAAUGUAUGUGAAUUGUGUCUAUGUGGCAGGCCGUAGACCUGUAGGUGUAUAUUUGUUGUCUCCAUUAGCCCUUUUCUGCCUUGUUGGAGUUAGUUGACAUUUUGGUCUGUAGUUUCGUCACUGGAAUAAGAAAACAGUGAAACAAAUGACAACCUGUUCAAAUUAAAAUUAAACUAUUUACCAAAGAGAAAUUGAGCCUAAAACUAGGAAAUAGAUUUUUGCUAAUAACCCAUCGUGCUGUUAACUGACUAAAACGCUAGCAAGAUAAUAUGUUGUUGUUAUACUAGGUUCAGCUUAUAGUUCUAAAGAAAGACACUGUAGAUUCGGAUGUGUAGAUGAUAGUUAGCUAACUGACAAAAUAAAUAGCUUGCUAGCUUUCUGUUAGAUGAAGUACAGCUUAAGGAAAAGCUAUAUGGAAGCUAACUUCCUUCUUUACUUGCUGUCUAACUAACUAGCAAACUACUUAACAAAAAAAUCUAUCUUACGUUUAAAUCAGGUUUGGCUUCAUUCAAAUAACUGUGGCGAUGUUGCUUAGCUUUUUGCACAGCUAACUGCAUAAUCACCUAAUUUGUCUUGUUUUUGCCUAGUUUGACAGUGUUAUGACUAAUCUAGGUCUGGUAUGAUUUUAAAGACACAGCUGCCAAUCAGAUGGCAUCCAGGUAAAAUUUCAGCAAGUGGAGACAAGAUACAACAUCUACAUUUUGGGCCAUACGUAGGAGAACUACUGUGCAAUGCACAUUACAAAGCCACAUGUGGCACUCUAAGCUGACAGCCAACGAGCCACUAGAGAAUGAGGAUGAGCAUAAACACCUUGGAGAGAUGGCGCCAUCAGACAAAUCCCACCUCUCACUACAUUAACAAGCCAAUCCCUGCAGGCAAUCCUAAUGCCCUCAAAAAAAUCUACAAAAUAUUGAUUCCUAUAUGCUAGGGAUGAUGAUGUCGACGGUGAUGAUGUGAAGUUUUCCAUACAUGUACUGAAUCAUUUAAAAAAAGUAAAGGUGAUUGGUUUAUGUAUGUUCUUACCGUCGGAUCUCUAAAGGGCUGGUCACAAACGGCAAACCAGGUGGAGUAAUUUGAAUCGCCCUUAGAACAAAUUAAUCAAAAUGCAAAAUGGGGCAAGUACAAAUCAACAUCACCUUCACAGGAAAGAGGGGAGAAGACCAAAUAUGUUUAGUUUGAAUGCAUCUUUCAGUGUUUUUGUUGUUACAGUAGUGUUUUGUUAUCUGUACUGUAUCUUAACACUUGUUGUGUUUACUUGUUUAUGUGUUUCUGUGGUAGAAAAUGGGUUUUGUGAAUGAGUGUUUGACAUUCCUUUGAGCACUGGGAGCUAGUUGGGAUUAAAGUGGUUAACGAGAGUUGCUCUGAUGUGCCGAACGUUGUGAUCAAAUGAGGGAGGGAGGAUUUUUUUUUUUUUACGAAAAAAAAGGAAAAAGAUAGAAAGUAAGGAAACCACUAAACUCAAUCUCCCAGAGUCCUUUGCUACAGUGAGCCUGUGUAUUUUGUUCUGGUUCCAUUAGAGAGAGAGAUUAGUCUUUUAGUUUGAUAAUGUACAGUAUAGUGAUCUAUAUUAUCUCAGUGUGUGAAUGCAGAUUAGGUGUGAUAAUUGUUAUUGAUAAUUGAUCAUCUAUCAAUUUAUAGUAGCUAUUUCUCUGAUUAUUUGUAUUCUGGGAAGGUGUUGGGUUUUGUUUUGUUUUUUUCCAACAGGAAUUCAGUUUUGAAUAUUUCUAACAGAGAUGUCCUGUUUCAGACAUGUAUUGUACAUAGGCUAGUAGCUGUGUAUAUUAAUAUAUUGGGAGGAACUUUGUUCUGUCAUCCCAAGUAUUUUUCACUCUGUACCCUCCCAGUUUGGUUUUCUUAUAAUAAACAGUAAAAUUUGUCAAAAA